AUGCUUCGUUUGGUAGGAGUCGUGGAUAUGCAGCAUCAACAGCUGUUCCAAAAAGCGGAUCAGUUCAAGGCGCAGCUCAAGAAAGACUUGGGCAUCGACGUGGAAUAUGAUGGGAAGCCAAAUGGACCUGCAUCGUAUGCAUGGCAAUUGCCUGUGGAUCCUGGAGAACGAGCCCGGCUGAAGGCAGCCGUAGAGGCCAAGUUCGCCGUCGAGGAGGUCGAAGUUAUGGAUGUAGAUGCAUCAGCACCAAGUCAACCGGAGGGCAAAGGGUAUGUUGUCAAGAUUGAUUUGAUUGCCAACAGUUUGCUAGGGCAUCUUCGUGGCCGAGCAGUACGCGAUGCUGUAUUGGGCUCCUUAUCACCCAUGCCUGCUGGGGCUGUGCUGGGGCAUGCUGUAGUCAUCGGUGGAAAAACGUUGAAGGUGCAUUUGAGUGAUGUGACAUUAGCUGCCUGGGAUGAUCUACACAAGAAGCUUCAGGCGCAUGGAUAUGUGCAUGUGUUAGCAGGUGAGGCACUCCAGGAGCAGCGCAAGCGGGAUGAGGUGACCCGUGCCAGUAAGAUGAGGCGAGCUGAAAUGUUGUCCGAUGUGGAAAGCAUGUUGGCUGGCAUGCGAGAGCUUGCAGAGUUGCAUGGAGUCGGUGGCAAGGGCACCAAGCGACAUAGGUUUGCUAGGGUGCUUGGCCGGUGCUUGGAUCGCAGUUCCAGGGUUGCAGCCUACAAUCUGAGAGAAGCCGAGGAGGAGAACCCGGACUUGAGUGAUGAUGCUGACUGA